AUGACGGAGGUGUCCCGAGUAGUCAAGCGGGGUCUUACCCGUUCCGCCCGCCGUUCGUCGCCUUCGUUCAAGCCGUGCCAAGGCUACAUCUCGACGACCUUUAACGGCCAUAGCAAUAUCCGCAACCCCAUAUGUCUCGCCAAGACUCUUCUGGAUAAGAGUCUCGAACCACUGUCGCUACGUCGGGUCCCUCCCAGCUUUCUUGUCGGCCAAGGGGCGAGUCGGAAACCGAGAUCCGUGGACUCCUCAGCGGCGACAGCCGAGUCUGCUUCAUCUGUCGACACUUACCAUAGUGGGGACCGUCCUACCAUGGUUUCUGGAUUCUACAAUGAAGCCCAGUCGGGCUUCCUUCAAAAGACCUUGUCGUGCUUGAAGACGAAAUCCAGCUACCUCGGAUGUCUGCAUCAACGGAUGAGGACAGAUCGCUCGGUCGAGAUCUACCGCAGCGUCGUUCCAGAGUCGGCUCCUACUAGACAUAAACGGUCGUUUGGCGAGUAUGCCGAACAAGCGAAAGACUCCAUCAGUGACACAGUUGGCGCCAUUGCGAUUGACUCCAUGGGCCGCAUCGCAGCUGGGUCCUCAUCAGGUGGUAUUGGUAUGAAGCACAGGGGCAGGGUUGGCCCGGCAGCUCUUGUUAGGGUCGGAAGUGCCGUCAUCCCCGCUCACCCUAAAGACCCAUUAGGCGUGUCCGUGGCGGCGGUAGCGAGCGGAACCGGGGAGCACAUAGCUACUACCAUGGCUUCUCAGAGGUGCGCCGAGCGCCUCAUACGAGGUAGCCGCCAAGGUGAAUUUGGGGAAGAUUUGUACGAUGGGGACGACCACGAUGUCCUUCACGCCUUCAUUCAAGAAGAUUUCAUGAAGCACCCGGGUGUCCAGGGAAUGACGACAGCCGGCGCAUUAGGUAUCAUCGCUGUCAAGAUGAGCAAGACUGCGUACUACUUUUAUUUUGGCCAUAAUACGGAGUCUUUCGCACUGGCGACCAUGGGCUCUACGGAUAGGGAGCCUCAGUGCCUCAUGUCUCGUCUUAACCCCGACGGGGACACCAAGAUAUCUGUUGGGGCUCGCCGGAUUAAGCGACAGUAA